UUUUUUUUUUUACACGUAUUCUCUUUUUUAUUGUUUUCCUUUUUUACAAAAAAGGGAAGCUUCAUUUUUUUUUUUCAUAUCCAUAUAUUUGAAAAUGUCUAAUACAGAAUCUACUCUACUUCCUGAAUCUAUUGGGAAACGCGUAGAUCCAGUUUAUAGUAAAGUUUUACAUGCGAGAUUAAACGAACUAUUGCAUAGUCCCUCUGAUAGUUUUCCAGGAACUCAACCUGUUAGCUUUGAAUCAAAACAUCUAAUUGAUAUUGAACGUGAAGAUUAUUUUGUUUGUGAAAAGUCAGAUGGUGUACGUUAUUUGUUAUUUUUUCUACAUUCACCAAAAGGACCUGCUUCAUUUCUAGUAAGCCAAAGACGAAGAUGCAAUGUGUGUAUAAUGUACUUAUAAUUACACAGUUUGGUAGAGAUAAGUAUUGGUAUUAUGUUCCUAAUUUAUUGUUUCCUGUAAGAGGUAGAGAAAAUGAAUAUUUAAAAGAUACUUUAAUGGAUGGCGAACUAGUGUUAGAUAUUGACGUAAAUAAGAAAACUUGGAGAUACCUUAUAUUUGAUUUAAUGGUGAUUAAUGGUUCACCUGUCAUUCAAAGAUCAUUCAAUACGAGACUUGGUAUGCUACAACAAGAUGUUAUUCAGCCAUUUGAAUCAAGAAUGAAAUCAGUAUUAGAUCCAACCAAGACACCUCCCUUUACUGUUGAGCUUAAGAAAAUGGAAAGGUCUUAUGGAUUACAUGUUGUAUUCGAUCAAAUACCGAAACUAAAGCAUAAAUCGGAUGGUAUCAUUUGGACACCUGUUAAAUAUCCAUACACGCCUGGCACCUGUGAAAAACUAUUAAAAUGGAAACCACCAGAAUUAAAUACAGUCGAUUUUAGAAUAGCAGCUAGAUGGAGUAAAGAACAUAAGCCGAUUUAUACAAUUGAAGUUUUAUCGAAUGGAGUGACAUAUAAAUUUUAUGAUUAUUUCCAACCAGAGCCUUCAUUAGCUGCAGAAUGGAGAAAUCAUUUACCAGAUGGACGUAUAGCUGAAUUUAGAUAUGAUCCUGAGUGUGAAAUAACGAUUGUUGAACCAGGAUAUGCGCCUACUAUAAGAAAAGGCGGCUGGAGAUUUGUAAGAUUUAGAGAUGAUAAAAGUACAGCUAAUGAUGAAACAGUUGUAAAAAAGAUACUAAAUAGUAUACGUGAUGGAGUUACAAAAGAGCAAUUAUUAUUAUGUAUGGAUAGAGUUCGUGCAGCAUGGAAAGCAAGAGAAAAGGGAUUACCUAUGCCAUCAUUUCCUAAAAGAACAUCAACAAGUAGUAUAUUAUCUGAUCAACAUUCUACUUCAACAACAAGUACACCUGUUGUUAAUGACUAUUUUCAUAACAGUUCAUUAAGAAAUAAUUCAAUUUCAGAGGAGACAAUAACAAUCAAAAGAAAGGCAUCCUCAGUUAAAAUAGAAGAAGAAGAAGAAGAACGAAAGAAAGUGAAAACUGCUAGUGUCAACGAAAUACCCGUAAUGAAUAAUAUACCUCAGCCACCAAAAAAGAACUCAUCAUCUAGUAUCCAUAACUUAUUAACCACCUCUGUUGAACCUUCCAUACAUCAUCUAUCGCGGCAAUCACAGCCUGUUCAUUUCAUUAAUUUCCAUGCAGAGAAUAGGCAAACAGCAAUGGGAGAUCAUGUCUUAAUUAUUCGUAGUGAAACUAAUAGUGAUCAGCAACACACUUUACGGACUGAUAAUAUGCCACAACCAGAGUUACCGAAGAGGAAGAAUAGUCAAAAAUCAAAACUUGAUUUUAUAUUAAAUUGAAAUACAAAAAAAAUAAAAAAUAAAAAAUAAAAUAAAAUACUGG